GUUUGUUACCAUACAAACUGGUCUCAAUAUCGACCUGGUCUAGGCAAGUUCAAACCACGAAACAUAGAUGCUAGUCUAUGUUCCCACAUCAUUUAUGCUUUUGCUAAAAUGGUUGGGAACAAUCUGAAAGCAUUUGAAUGGAAUGACGAAUCAACUGAUUGGAUGGUUGGACUGUAUGCUGAAUUUACCAGUUUAAAGAAAUCGCAUCCUGGACUGAAGACAAUGUUAGCUGUUGGUGGAUGGAAUAUGGGUUCUGCAUCAUUCACCGCAAUGGUAUCAUCAAGUGCAAAUAGACAAGCUUUUGCUAAAUCAACCGUGCAAUUUUUAAGGAAGAGAAAUUUUGAUGGUUUAGAUUUAGAUUGGGAAUAUCCUGCUAAUCGUGGAAGUCCUCCCCAAGACAAAUCUCAUUUUACAGAAUUAGUUCAGACCUUACAAGCUGCCUUUGCUGCUGAUGCUCAAUCAUCUGGUAAACCUAAAUUGAUAUUAUCAGCUGCUGUAGCUGCUGGAAAACCCAAUAUUGAUACAGCUUAUGAUGUACCCGCAAUUUCAAAACAACUUGACUUUAUUAAUUUGAUGACGUAUGAUUUACAUGGAAGUUGGGAAACUUUUACUGGUCAUAACGCACCAUUAUAUCCUCGUUCUGAUGAAACUGGAGACCAAAAAAAUCUGAAUGUGGAUUGGGCAGCUAACUACUGGGUACAGAAAGGAGCACCUAAAAAUAAACUCAAUAUUGGUAUAGAUCUAUACGGUCGUGCGUUUACUUUGAAAAAUGCUGCUAACAAUAAACCAGGAGAUGCCACAACAGGACCUGGUCAAGCUGGACAAUUUACCAGAGAAAAGGGAUUUUUGAGCUACUAUGAGAUCUGUGCAUUACAAAAAUCAGGUGGUCAAGUUCACAUGAUACAAGAACAACAAGUACCAUAUAUUGUGAAAGGCAAUCAAUGGAUCGGGUAUGAUGAUCCUACAAGCAUUAAAAAUAAGAUUGCCUAUGUAAAAGAUAAAGGUUUCGGUGGUAUUAUGGUUUGGGCUUUAGAUUUAGAUGAUUUCCAAGGAACAUGCGGACAAGGCAAAUACCCAUUGAUGCAGGCCAUCAAUCAAGAAUGUGGUUCAUCCUCUACUGGGCAUCAGUAA